AACAAUAUUCACAGUGUUACAAAAGCAAAAGAGGAAAACAAUGAGCCUCGUGCCAAAACUAAAUUUAAUCGCAAUCUCAACAAAUUCCUCGAGCUAUUUUUAGCUGAAACAUCAAAAUUUUGCUUUAGUUUGCUUGAGGAAACUUUUACUCACCACACUGGCUACUCAUUAGGAUAGGAUUUACCUAUUUAUCCUGGGGGGUGAGAGGAAAGCUGAGAAUACAGCUUACCCAUAUAGUGAACCCCAGCUUCUUGUUCGGUUACCAGUCCAUGUGUAGUAUCGGAUUAGUUAGCCAGUUAUUUGUUUGUGGAAGCAUAAACUUGAUUGCGGGGGAAGCCGACCAGGGGUUACAUGAACCACCCUACGGCGGAAAAAAGUCCAGCAAUCCUCUCGCACAUGAUCAUCCCCGCGUGGGAUUCAAACCAGCGAACCCACGCAGGAUAAUCAGAGGUGUGAUGGCGAGCGUAUUCCCGACGCUCCACACGAUGGGCCACACCGGCGAACCAUUGAGUUCUGUAUAUUUGCAUGAAAUCUGCCAGUUUUGUAUUUUUUAUAAUCACUCACGGAAAAUCGUGCAAAACAGAAUAAUUAUCGUGAAACAGUACAAUACUGCGCUAAACAGAGGAAAACUUUGUUUGUCCUGUUUUUCUCCUAUUUUGUUGUGCCCAAUAUGUUUUGCACUAUUCUCAGUUAGUGGUAGAAUUUGAUUUGUAUAUCUGUUCGUUAUCUGACAAAGUUUUCACACUAUAAUUCUGGUUUCAGAUAUUUUUAGAUUUCUUCAUUCAUGAACGAACAGGGUGUCCAAAAAAUUUUAUGAUGUUGUCUUUCUCAUAUAUGAUCCAGACUAAAGGGAGUGGGAUGUUUGUCAGUUUUGUUAAAUUUUUUUCCUUUUUUGUGCUGUUUCCAUAUGAAAUUUUUUUAUGUUCAAAAAUACAAUUCUUUUUAGAUAUAAAAUAAAGCCAUGGACCAUUCGAGUCCGACUAUAAUAUUCAGUAUUUUCUAUUGGUUAUUCGCAUUUUGUUUCAUCGUCGGACCAGCAGAUUUCAAAGGUGCUGGACUUACUGUGGAAAAUUUACUCUCGCCUUGGCUGGGAAGCGAAGAGAUAGACUUUGUCAAUUUCCAUAUUAAAAGGACGUCUGCAACUUUAAUUGUUCAUUGCCUUUUUCCGAUUGGUUACUAUGUGGGCAUGACUCUGGUUCCAGACUCCUGUGUUUCAUUCGGUGAUAUGUUUUCGACGUCUCUCGAACUCGGAUGGCAUGUUUACUCAAGUAUAUCGUUGGUUAUACUCCUUGGAGCACUGACGGUUGUGUUUUAUUGGCAGAUAAAUAGUUGGUCGAAUCACCCUAUAGCGACGAAUCUAUCUCUUUAUAAAAGCGAGGACAACACAUCAGACUCGGCAUGGAGAGUUCAAGCCAGCGAGGUGAACAAUGAAUUCAGACGAAUUGACAAAUACGCUACGUCGUUCGUUGGUUGGACACGCGUCAUCGUAACGGAAAACUGGAUUAUUGUGACAUCAUUAUAUGGAGUUAAACUGACACCACAAGAUAAAGCAACGAUAUCAGUACUACAGACAGAAGAACAUGCAGUUUCACCAGAAUCCAACGCUAUGGUUCAGUAUGUUCAUUUACGAAUAAAACCGACAAUCCAGCGCACUUUGAAACCAUAUUUUGCAAGAGUCAUAUCCGUAGAGUUUAAAGACUUGAAAGAAAGUUUACGUACGAGGGUUUAUACUCUUCCAGAUCUUAGUAUCCUACAAUCAACAGACGAACUGUUUUUGAAAGCGUUUCGUGAACAAUUAAACCAAAAUGAUCGUUAUACGUCGUCUGAUCCUCUCGACCAGUGUAUCGGUUGCAUGCAAAGAGACGCUGAAGUUAAAUUAACAAAAAAUUGCGGCAGUACGGGUCCCCAUGAAUGCAAGAGUUGUAAUUGUAAGCCUAUGUGGUGUGCUGAAUGCAUGGGUAGAUGGUACGCUAGUCGUCAGGACAGACACCGAAUUGAAACAUGGCUUUCUGGCUCCGCUACAUGUCCAAUGUGUCGGGCUAAGUUUUGCAUGUUAGAUAUAUCUUUGCUUGAUACAUGAGCACUGCUGAAAGUACCGAAAAUUGUGCUAUAUUGUUGUAAAUUUAAUUUUUUUCUAGCAGGGGUUCGGAAAAAUUUAUGCUUGACUCCAACUGCAAACAUUUCAAAAUACCCAUGCCUCGUUUUUGACUCCAACCUUAUUUUAACCCUCAUUUUAAAAAAAAAAAUUUAAUUUAAAAAAAAAUUCAAUUUUGACCAUAAGCGCUACUGUUUGCAAAUUCUCUCAACAUGACUUGCAAUGACAAUGAACUUGAAAUAUGUCGUUCAAAAGUGCAUUAUUCAUUUUAUAAAAUAUUUUCUCAUGCAUGGCUGGCUAGCUUCUUAGAAAUAGAUAACGAAAUGCAGUUUGAUUAGUUAAAUUUAUUUUUUGGGAAAAGUAAAAAAUUUAUAGCAUUUUAUUUGUGGCAAUAUCUAUUUAUUAUUGUAUUCAUCUUAAUGGCCUCUCAAAACUGAAAACAGUGUGAAACAGAAUUUUCACUGUUUUCUUUUGAACUUUUACUAAUAUUUACACUCUUGGCAAUUCAUUUCUUUGUCUUCUUUGCUAUAUUUGUUCCUGAAAUUCAGUAAAAAGUGUCGCUGACUGAAUGAUGACUCGUUGUGUCCCUCUCAUCAACUUCUAUGAGGCAAGGUUUUCGUUUUGUUAUUUUCAUUUGUGUUUAUUGCUUUACAGUGAUUCUUGGUCGAUGAAAAUGAAUAUUUGAUUCUUAAAAUAACACAACACACAAUCUUUAUUUUAAUUCGUUUAUUCCCCCCACAUUGCAGUGCAGUACUCUCAAUAAAUAUUAUAUUGUUAAAAUAAAGUUACACAUUAUUUGCCAUAAAGCUUUGCAGUUUUUAUUAUUCA